GGCUCCGCGCGUCCUGCCCGGGCGGGCGGGCCUAGGGCCCCCGGACGCCCGCCUCCGCCUCGGGUAGAUGCUGACGUCAGGGAGGCGAAAACCAGAAGAAGGGGAAAAAAAAAACAACCCGGUACGAGGGCGGAAGGGGAAAAACUUUAUUUUUUCUCUUAUUCUCUGCUGGGGCUGAAGCGCAGGGCAGGCGACUGCGCCAGCGCGGGCUUCCGGAGAGCCGGGCGCGACCCCGGCCGCUGCGCGGAGGAGCCGAGCUCCGAGGCCCGCGGGGGCGCCCGGCAUGUGGGACCCCGAGGACUUCGAGCGCCACUGGCAGGCCGAGUUCCCCGGGCAGGCGGCGCCCGUCAUGCGGCUGGACUCGGUGCUGGACGUGGAGCAGGAGCUGGAGCGCUGCAAACUCAACCUGAAGCGGCUGCAACAGGUGUCGGCCGAGGAGAAGUUUAAAGUGUCCUACCUGCAGUCGGUGCUGGCCCAGGAGCCGCGGGACCCGGGCUGCGGGCGCCCGGAGGGCGCAGACGGCGGCGGCGGGGCAGCAGCGGCCGAGGAGCCGGCGGCGGCCGAGCCGGAGCGGGCGCCGCCUCUGCGGGAGGAGGAGGAGGAGAGCGCACCGGGCGGCGGCGGCGGCGAACUCCCGGGACCCGCGCGCCCCGAUCCGGAGGUGGCCGCCAAGGCCGAGACUCCGUGCGUGUGCCUGGACCUUCCCGCAUGGCCCGUGGCGGCGGGGCCCGGGGCCACGGUGCGCAGCUUGACUGCCGCCAUCCACCAGCAGCUGCUGCAGCCUCGCCUCCUCUUCAAGCCGCGGGAGGACUGCGCGCCCCUGGGCCACGAUGGCACGGUUCCCGGGGCCCCGGGCGAGGAGCCGGCCUCUGGGACCCGGGCGAGGGGGGGCUCCGAGGAGGGCGAGCCGGACGCCCCGGGCGCGGAUGAUGGGGGCGACAGCAGUGACCACGACUUCGAGAUGGUGGAUUUGAACGAGAAAUUCGUCCUAGGCCACUUGCUUGUGGCCCCUUGUCGGUUCGGGACCCGCGGUGAGGCCGAAAAGGCGGCACGGGCGAGCAGCCCCCAUCGCUGGAUGCAUCUGAUCCCCGGGGGCCGGCGGCUACAGCGCAGGAGCCGCGACCUGGAGCAGCUGGAGUCUGAGGCCAAGGACGGGAGGCGCUCGCCCAUCGCUACGGAGGAGGCCCCCCGGCGCGGGGCCCGAGAUCACCUUCCCCGGUGGCGGCGCAAGGGCUUACUGUGGGUGCCCGAGCGGGACUCGCCCAGCCACAGCUCGCCAGAGAGGGGCAGUGACUGCAGCCACAACAGCUCAGACCACGAAGACGGCUCCUCUGCAGACUUCAGCUACGGGGCAGACGACUACGACGCAGAGGGGAAUGAGGAGCAGAAGGGGCCCCCGGAGGGCUCGGAGACCAUGCCGUACAUCGACGAGUCGCCCACCAUGUCGCCCCAGCUCAGCGCCCGCAGCCAGGGCGGCGGCGGGGACAGCAUCUCCCCCACCCCACCUGAGGGGCUGGCACCUGGGGUGGAAGCAGGGAAAGGCCUGGAGAUGAGGAAGCUGGUCCUCUCAGGGUUCCUGGCCAGCGAGGAGAUCUACAUCAACCAGCUGGAGGCCCUGCUGCUGCCCAUGAAGCCCCUGAAGGCCACAGCCACCACCUCGCAGCCCGUGCUCACCAUCCAGCAGAUCGAGACCAUCUUCUACAAGAUCCAGGACAUCUACGAGAUCCACAAAGAGUUCUACGACAACCUCUGCCCCAAGGUGCAGCAGUGGGACAGCCAGGUCACCAUGGGCCACCUCUUCCAGAAGCUGGCCAGCCAGCUUGGCGUGUACAAAGCGUUUGUGGAUAACUAUAAAGUCGCUCUGGAGACCGCGGAGAAGUGCAGCCAGUCCAACAACCAGUUCCAGAAGAUCUCCGAGGAACUCAAAGUGAAAGGUCCCAAGGACUCCAAGGACAGCCACACAUCGGUCACUAUGGAAGCUCUGCUCUACAAGCCCAUCGACCGCGUCACCAGGAGCACCCUGGUCCUGCACGACCUGCUGAAGCACACGCCGGUGGACCACCCAGACUACCCGCUGCUGCAGGACGCCCUCCGCAUCUCCCAGAACUUCCUGUCCAGCAUCAACGAGGACAUCGACCCCCGCCGGACUGCUGUCACAACCCCCAAAGGGGAGACGCGGCAGCUGGUGAAGGACGGCUUCCUGGUGGAAGUGUCGGAGGGCUCCCGGAAGCUGCGGCACGUCUUCCUCUUCACAGACGUCCUACUGUGCGCCAAGCUAAAGAAGACUUCUGCGGGGAAACACCAGCAAUAUGACUGCAAAUGGUACAUCCCUCUGGCCGACCUCGUGUUUCCGUCCCCCGAGGAGUCGGAGGCCAGCCCCCACGUGCACCCCUUCCCAGACCACGAGCUGGAGGACAUGAAGAUGAAGAUCUCCGCCCUCAAGAGUGAGAUCCAGAAGGAGAAAGCCAACAAGGGCCAGAGCCGGGCCAUCGAGCGCCUGAAGAAGAAGAUGUUUGAAAAUGAGUUCUUGCUGCUGCUCAAUUCCCCCACCAUCCCAUUUCGGAUCCACAAUCGGAAUGGAAAGAGCUACCUGUUCCUACUGUCCUCGGACUAUGAAAGGUCAGAGUGGAGAGAAGCGAUUCAGAAGCUCCAGAAGAAGGAUCUCCAGGCCUUUGUCCUGAGCUCAGUGGAGCUCCAGGUGCUCACAGGAUCCUGUUUCAAACUUAGGACUGUACACAACAUUCCUGUCACCAGCAAUAAAGAUGACGACGAGUCUCCGGGGCUCUAUGGCUUCCUUCAUGUCAUCGUCCACUCUGCCAAGGGGUUUAAGCAGUCAGCGCACCUGUACUGUACCCUGGAGGUGGAUUCCUUCGGCUAUUUUGUCAGCAAAGCCAAAACCAGGGUGUUUCGGGACACGACAGAGCCCAAGUGGGACGAGGAGUUUGAGAUCGAGCUGGAGGGCUCCCAGUCCCUGAGGAUCCUGUGCUACGAGAAGUGCUACGACAAGACCAAGGUCAACAAGGACAACAACGAGAUCGUGGACAAGAUCAUGGGCAAAGGGCAGAUCCAGUUGGAUCCACAGACCGUAGAAACCAAGAACUGGCACACAGAUGUGAUCGAGAUGAACGGGCAGAUCAAAGUGGAAUUCUCCAUGAAGUUCACCAGCCGAGACAUGAGCCUGAAGAGGACGCCAUCCAAAAAGCAGACCGGCGUCUUUGGCGUGAAGAUCAGCGUGGUGACGAAGCGGGAGCGCUCCAAGGUGCCCUACAUCGUGCGGCAGUGCGUGGAGGAGGUGGAGAAGAGGGGCAUCGAGGAGGUCGGCAUCUACCGCAUCUCAGGGGUGGCCACAGACAUCCAGGCGCUGAAGGCCGUCUUUGAUGCCAAUAACAAGGACAUCCUCCUGAUGCUGAGUGACAUGGACAUCAACGCCAUCGCUGGCACCCUCAAGCUCUACUUCCGGGAGCUGCCCGAGCCCCUCCUCACAGACCGACUGUACCCCGCCUUCAUGGAGGGCAUCGCCCUGUCAGACCCUGCUGCCAAGGAAAACUGCAUGAUGCACCUGCUCCGCUCCCUGCCCGACCCCAACCUCAUCACCUUCCUCUUCCUGCUGGAACACUUGAAAAGGGUUGCUGAGAAGGAGCCCAUCAACAAAAUGUCCCUUCACAACCUGGCCACCGUGUUUGGCCCCACGUUACUGAGACCCUCGGAAGUGGAGAGCAAAGCACACCUCACGUCGGCUGCGGACAUCUGGUCCCACGACGUCAUGGCACAGGUCCAGGUCCUCCUCUACUACCUGCAGCACCCGCCCAUCUCCUUCGCAGAACUGAAGCGGAACACACUGUACUUCUCCACGGAUGUGUAGCCCCAGGUGGGAGCUGUGGGGGGUGGCCGAGCCAGCCUCUCUCGCUGGGGGACCGGCACAGACUUGAAAGACUACAAUAGGAAACUCCCAAACCCAGCACUCCAGACUCCAAGGGACGCAGGUUUCCAAGAACUGGAACACGUGCAUCUUCUGUGCCACCUGUACAAAGCCAGCUGACCGCCCAGCCUCCCGCCGCCCCCGGGCUCCUGCUCUCUGUACCUCAGUGUGUCUCGCGCUCCGUGCCGUUGGGGGGGUGGUUUUAUGUCUGUCUGUCUUGCAGAAAGGUAGGGACGGGCCCAGGACGGGCACAGACGGCCUGCUUUGUUCUUUCAUUUCCUCCAGCACUUUCUUUCCUCCCGCGCCCAGUCCAAGGGCUUUUCUUUGGCUGCGUAACGGCUGCCCGCUUGUCCUCUUGGCCCUGCUCCCAGACUGCCGCCUCCCGGCAGCCUUCCUCAGUCCCUCCACACUCCCCCCGCCCAGCUGCCCGCAUGCACGUGCAGCCUCGGUUUUCGCUCCGUUGCCUUGGAAGUUGUGAGGAGGCCCCGGGUGGCGGUGACCACGUGGCCGUCAGUGCUGCCGCAUGCGGCCCCGGCCCCCUCCUGGCCCUCCCCCCCCCCCCCGGAAGCACGCCUGCUUUGCCUUGCUGCCUGUGCAAAUGUUGGACAAGGAGACAGACUCACACUAAUCCUCAGCUUAGCAGAGCUGGAGAGCGGAUUUCUGGACUUUUCCACCCGAGGACCAUCUCUGGGGUUUAUCUGUUCUGUCUCCUGUCUGCCGGUGAGGCAUCUUGACUGUUUCUUCUGCUUUUCAGUUCCUUUUCCCUUGGUGGUCUAUUUCCUUUGAGUGUAGACUCGCAGGGUGACCUGCUAUCGAGAUGGCCAGAGGGUCGGGAAAGCGUCGGGGAGGUGGGAGAGGCGCAGCACCGGAUGGACACUCAGAGGAGUGCGUGCAGCGCUGGUGUCCUGAGCGGGGGAGCGGCUGCCAGCAGCAGGAGUCCUAGUGGCUUUUCUAGUGAAGCGAGGCCUCCAGGAGGGCAGCUGCUGUGGCUGAAGCAGGUGUCCAGACAACGGCAAGCUCCAUGCAGGAGACGAGCCCUUCCUGGCGCCUCCAUGUACCUCGUGGUGCCUCUGCCUUAGGUUUUACAUCCUCCCCAGCCAAGCACUGCCACGGGGUAGCCCCACGGCUACAGGUGCUCAGGGCCUGGGAAAGGCAGGCACAGUCCACGAAGGCAGCCGUCAGGGUGCUGCCUCCCAACCCUGACUUCUAGAUGGCCUUUCGGGUGAACUGCCUCUCACGGGGUUGGGUUUUGCCGGGGACCCUCAUUGUUGAUGCUCUAUCGAGUUAGGGAUCGGCAGGCUCCAUCCCAGCGGGCAGACCCAUUGCUCCGUCCUGGAAAGGAGUGAGUAUACUUCUGUUUCUUCCCGUGGGAGCCUGUGGUGGUCAGCCUGGCAGGGCAGACACUCCCAGGCGGCAGGGACUUGCGUUGCAGCACUAAGCCCCCCAGCUCUCCUCUGUGGCAGAGUAGAGGCUGGGCCUCAGGACUGGAGAGAACAGCUCCCAUAGCUUGAGCUCAGGGCUGAGUUUUAAAGAGGGGUCUGCUGGCCCUGAAGCUGUAGUGCGUGCUCCGAGGAGGGCCCUUUCGGAUCUUGUUUACACCUGUUACUCAAUCUGGGGCCGAACGGUACACACGCUGUGCACAUUGGAGGAAAGAGGCCCAAGAAGAGGGGAAUGCCACCUCGCUGGCUGCCUGCUCCUGGGGACAGGAGGCGGGGACAGAACUUGAGUCUAAAGAUCCCAGCGUCUGCCCAUCCCUGCUCUCGUUUCCAAAGCCAUCGAUGGUAAUGACUGGAGUUACAGCCAAAAAUGGGUGCCUCCCACCUCCCAAAACAAGGGAUGUUUACUUCUCAGCAGCAGGUAGCCACUAACUGCAGCCCCUAGGCGUGCUUAGGCAGUGAGAAGGGGAGGAAGGCUGGAAGGGCUGAGAAAUGCAAAAGGCUCAGAGUAUUUAUAAAUUCUACCCCGAGUGGGUGAGGGCAGGUACCAGACCUGGACUACGCUGCACCAAGGAAAUAGCCCACGGGUUCUCCUGGGGCAGGAACUGUGCAGCCCAGAACCCGCAGCCACUGUGCCCAGCAGGGCAGGCUGUGCCACAGGCUCAGCACACAGGCCGCAGGAAUCCCAGGUGGCCUGUCCUUGCUGGCAAUGACUAUGGGCUGCCGGUUUUUGCCGAGACCGGUGGGAUGGGACCCUUCGUUAAUAUUUGACUUUAAUACGUGGGUAAGGAUAUAUUUUUUUGUCUCUGUUCUGUUUCAUCUUAUGUAGAUUAUUAUAAAUCGAUGUAAACCACGUGAGAGGAAAAUGUUAAUAAAAAAAUGCAAAGCCCCAACAUUUGCACACAACUCA